UUACACACAUCAUCCAGAAAGAAGAAACAUUUUAUACGAUAGCUUCUUAUAGUUUUUAAACUGCCAUUCUAUUCAUAUAUUCAUUACUGUAGCCUGAUGAGUAAUUUCUCCCCAGGCUAUUGCACAAUAUCCGCAUGAUAUAUUAUAGGCAGCAGUUCCAGUUGUGAUUAUUAUCUGGCGGCGAUCAAACUGCGGCUCUUACUUUCCACUCUUCCAUGGUAGGAAACACAUGCGAAGCGACCGCUAUUCGUGGUAUUCAUGGCAAAAUGACCUCUAGGCUUAGGGACGUCCUGCAUUCUUCCAUUCGGCUUUCAUAAUGAGUUUUGUUAGAUGAGGCAAAGCUCGAAACGUCCCUAUUUGCCCGACGUUCGUAUGAUGCGUUGACAGAUUAUUUUCAUCUAUUUAUGAGAAUAUAUUUUGGGAUUUCCUGGAUAGAUCGUCAAAUACGCCAUAGGCAGGGAUUUAUCAUGUUGUGCUGUUGGGAUGGCUUUUACAAGUUUGCUAUACCUUUAAACAUCCAUUGCAUUGCUUAGAUAUAAAAAUGCAUGAAAUUGAAGGGUGUCUAAAGAAGUUUUACAGUGUACUAAUGCGGGGCUAAUAAAUACAAGCCAUUUAAUACCAGUUUAAUUUGACUGAAUUAUCACACGUCAUUUGCCAGCAGUAGUCAGAGUUGAUGUGGCGCUGCACAGGGCACCAUGCAGUGUCACUGUCGCCAGCAGAGUAAGAAGGGAGCUGAUAUGAUUAAGAGAGUUUACGACUGUGACGGGAGGAGGACAUCGCCUUCCUGCCCCUGUUUACUCUCGGUUAUCGCUGAUGGGGAGAGGUUGCCGGGGGUGGGAUCGUUGCUGCUGUCAGUCGGGCUGUCUCUAUCUCUCCCCACCGCUGGAAGCAGCUCCUCCGCUCUCUCUCAAAAAGUAUUUCUUCUAAGAACACCCCGCCCUGGGCCGGAAUGCUCACACACGGGGUGAGGCUGAGGCCCGUCCCCAUACAGAGCCUGUCGGAGGUGGAGCGAGCGCGGCUUCAGGAAGUGGCCUGUGCACACCUGGAGGAGAGGGAGCUGGACUUCAAGAUCAGCAUCCCCCGAGCAGUUCGCAAGAGGACAAAAUCACUGCGCAGGAGGUUUGAUUCCUUCUCCAAAGAGAGGAAGGAUAGAGAGGCGGCCCCCAAGGCAUUCGGGAUCCCCCUGGUGCAGGUCAUAGCUAACGACCGGGCUCACAAGCGGCGGCAGGACGCGCUGAAGGAGAGUCAGCGAGACUCCCUCGAGCUGGAGGCCAGCCUGCUGCACUUCCAGGCCGAGAGGCAGAAGCAGCCCGGCUCCGACAGAGCCUGGUGCGGCCCGGCUCCCUCUCGCGCCGCGCCCCUGUCCGCAGGGACCCGCAGCAAGCUGCCCUCGCUCCCCACGCCGGACAGCAGUUGCAGGACCCGCCGCAGGGGCGGCCUCUCUGUGGACUCCAUCUCAGACCUGGUGGAGAGCCAGUCCUGCCUGCUGGAGGCUCUGCAGCUGUCGCACCCCUACGAGCUGGACGGCAAGAGGGCCGCGGACCGCGCCCAGGCCCGGCUCAGCCUCAACCCCAUUUACCGGCAGGUGCCGCGCCUGCUGGAGCUGUGCUGCGGGCACAUCGAGGCCCACGGGCUGCACACGGUGGGCAUUUUCCGUGUGGGGAGCUCAAAGAAGAGAGUGCGGCAGCUUCGUGAGGACUUCGAUCGAGGCACAGACGUGGUCCUGGAUGAGGAGUACAGCGUACACGAUGUCGCCGCCCUGCUGAAGGAGUUCCUGAGGGACAUGCUAGACCCCCUACUGCCCCCUGAGCUCUACCUUGCCUUUCUGCACGCUAACACCCUGAAGGGUGUGGAGCAGGUCCACUAUGUGCAGCUGACAAGCGCCCCCUGCAGGCUGCAGGCUGACCUUCCUCUCUCCCCGACCCCUACAGCCCUGAAGGGUGUGGAGCAGAUCCUGUAUCUGAAGUUGCUGCUCUUCCUGCUGCCGCCGGCCAACUGCGACACGCUGCUACGGCUGCUGACUCUGCUGCACACCGUGCAUGAGCACGCCGAGGACAGCACCGGCCCCGGCAUGCAGCAGGUCCCUGGCAACAAGAUGACAGCAGCCAACUUGGCUGUGAUAUUCGGGCCCAACUUACUUCAGAAGGAGAGGGGUUCUGAGAAGGACUCGAGUCCACAGGUGACGGGCAUAGAGGACAGCGCCGCCAUAAUCUCCGUCACUCUGCAGCUCAUCCAGAACCACAAGCACCUCUUCAUGGUACCUGUGGCGUUCCAGCAGGAGGUGCUGGUGCGCCUCAUACAGACAGACCCAGACAUCAUCGUGUACCUCCUUCGCAGGAAGCUCAGCACCACUUAUCCAGCGACAGAUGAUGAUGCUGGAGGAUGCAGUGUCGUUAGGGAUUCGCCGGAGCCCGCGGAGCUGUCCAAUGGGGGUCCGUCACCCCUGGAUCCCACUGUGGCCCACUUCCAGGGUCCCCGUGAAGAGAUCAGCUUGAGCAGUGAGGUCAUCUUCAGCGCACCGAGGCACAGCCAGAUACGGAAGUACGCCCCUGAUGUCAGGCCUGGCAAAUCCAUGGCUCGUAUCCGCCAGUUCCACUCCCACCACAACUUGCUCAGCCUGGCCCGUCCGUCGUGCCGCCCACUCUCCGAGGACAGGGAGGAGGCGGGGCCUGCUGCGGAGAGGACUGUCUGCUUCAGCCUGGGGGAGGACCUUGGGGCAACUCAGACCCCAAGCCCAAAGGACCAGCCUGGUGUAUGGGCAAAGGACAGCAGGCCUGCAGCCACUACUUUCUGGGACUUAUUCACUCGAAAAGCUCCCAGCUCUGAAGCUGCUCUAUGAGCUCAUGAGUAAUAAUGGUGAGAAAAAUAGGACUCUGUAUGCCAGAAUUUCUCUGAGGUGCAGACAGCCACAUACAUGGAGUCUGUGGUCAGUUUAUUAGGUACGCCUGCUUGUUAAACAGCCUGGGCAUCCAAACAGCCAAUCACAUGGCUGCAGCUGCAGAACAGUCUGGGCCUCCAAACAGCCAAUCACAUGGCCGCAGCUGAAGAACAGCCUCGGCAUCCAAACAGCCAAUAAAAUGGCUGCAGCUGCAGGACAGCCUAUGCCUCCAAACAGCCAAUCACAUACAAACCAAGGUCAGGAAGUUCAUUUACUGAAUGGCUGAUCAUUAGACUGGCUAAGAUAAAUGCAAGAGAUGUAAGAGAAUUUAAACCUGGCGUGAUUGUCCAUACCGGCCGUGGUCCCAGCCUCUCAGAAACAGCCACCCGCCUGGGAUUCUCACACAUUAUGUUCUCUAGAGUUUAUAGAGAGACGUUGUGUUGAAUUAUCGCCGUGGCCUCUGGUUUCCUCCCACGGUCCGAAAGCGUGCAGUGGUUGAUUGGCGAGUUUAAAUAUGCCCUGUAGUUGUGCGAGUGUCUGUGCCCUGCGGUGUGUUGGCGACUGCCCGGGGUUGGUUCCUGCCUACGCCCAUUGUUCCCUUGUUGAAUGGUGCGAUUAACAAAAGGUAUUCAAUCAGUGGCAGCUCUGUUGUCAAAAACACCUUAUUAAUGGGAGAGGGCAGACUCAUUAAAGCUAACAGGAAGGCCAGAAGUGCAAAAAGUAACAGCUCAGUAUAAAUGGUUUUAGGGGCAUAAGUGGCUCUACCUGGUGCUAGCUUGAUGUACCUAACAAAGUGGCCACUCGGUGUACAGACAUUAGUAAGGGUAUAUAUACAGGCAGAUAUAUAAGAAAAUAUGCUUCCAUGGUGAUGCGUUAGGUCCCCUGAGCCCAGGCCCAGAACAUUCAUGUAGCAUUUCCUUCAGAACCGCUGUAAGUUCUGCUGCAGUGUACCAUUCCCACAGUGUUCUUAGGCUUGUGGAAAUGAGCUCUCAGUCCCACACAAUUUGUCUGUAAAGGUCUUUGUACGGUUUAUUUUUUGUAAAUUACCAUGGCCUCGUGAGUUUGUGACCUCUAACCAUGUCUGAAAACACCCAUUCCAUUCACAUGAAGUCGAGGACAAGAAAAGACCAAAAACACAGUAAAGUAAGGGCACGGUUUAUAAUCCGGGACGAGUAAACAAACGGACUGUCAUAAAAGCAUUUUAAUACCUGACCGAGCCACAAGGGGGAGACAUAACACACAAAACUCUGAGCGAACCAAACCGGGUUAUUAUAAUUCCUAAUAUUCACGUUACUAUUAAGUUAUUAGACUUUUACACAGUGUGUGUAAAUAACAGGGUAAAAGUACAAGAAUUUUUCUGUUGUGUAAAGUGAUUAUUUCAUUACAGGACAUGACAUUUCUCUGUACUCUGUGUAAUACCUCAAUAAACUUGCUAUAUUCCUGGACCUAAUUAUAUAGGUUAGUGGUUCACUAACUGUGGUUCACGAGAUGAUAUUCUGAAUAGGCUAAAAUUAUCUUUAUUUGUCAGUGGGCUGCCUAGGGUGAUGGCUUCUCAGGGAUUCUGGAAUAGCAGACAGCCGAUUUGACUUUGACUUGGAGGGGGCACACUGCCACAGUGGGCGGGGUGAGCAGGGUGUGACCAAGAAAAAGCACUGCAAUUGAAGCAGGAACAAGCAGAAGAACAGUUCACAGUGAGCAAAGGUUGUUAAAAGGGCUGCCAAUUUUAUUUUUCGAUUAUGCGGUUAAUCCAGAAGCAUGAAUUUAUUAUACAAAAUUAAACAAUAAUAAGUCUU